AUGGGCCCGAAACUGCAGGCCCAACCUUGGGCUACUCCCCCUUGCCCAUAUCCUUCUUGUGGGUGGGAGUACAGGUCUCAUAGCCCACGUCAGGUGCAGCCUCAGCAAGCUGGUGUUCUUGGUGCUCGCCCGCAACAAUCAUACUUCAUGGCUGCCGCCCCACCUUCAAUGGGAUAUGCUCCGACGGACAUCGAUCAGACUAUGCACACUAUGUCAUUGCACUCUCCAUAUGAUAAUUGGUACAUGGAUACCGGUGCCACGUCACACGUGACGUCCUCUCAAGGAGACGACAAAAUCGAUCCGGCCUCUCCGUAUUACCUAAGUUCUGGAGAUCAACCGGGGAUUGUUAUCACCCAUGUAUUGUUACGACUAACGGGUGUGAAUAAUUAUAUGGCAUGGGCUAGGGCUACGCAACUAUCGCUACAAUCGCGUCGAAAAUUUGUGUGUGUUGAUGGAACAAUCACAAAACCUACGGAGAAGAAGAGGCAACUAGAUUGGGUCACGGUUAACUCUAUGCUUGUCUCAUGGAUGUUGAGGAGUAUGGAGCCCAAGAUUGCUAAUUCUAUCCCUUUUUAUGAUAAUGCUAAGAAAUUAUGGGAUUACUUAGCCAACAAAUAUGGUGUUGCAAAUGGGCCUCGUCUAUAG